CAUCACGGCCGCUGCUUCGGCGGAUACGACACAAGCGAUUGCAACUUGUGCAUCUUCACACGUGAUGGCUUUGACACUACUGUAGGAGGGCUGCAGCACAAGACCCUAAAGACGCGUUCCUUGGGCCAACGUGAUAAGCACCUCUAGCAUCUAUCUUUCGUAAGCUCUAUCUUCAUUGAGUCAAGACCUCAGCGGUGCAAUCCAGACUACCAGAAAGCAUCGAUCGUACAACAAUUUUGAGCACAGCCAGAAAAAUUGGAAGAUGGGCUCCGUCGAAAGCGAACUCCAAUACCAGCUUACGCCCGAGCAUGGCGGUACUGAUGAGAUUUGGCCUGGACUGGUCAAAGCUUUGAGAGUACCACGUGUGAUGGUGAAGAUGAAGAUCACAGAUGUCCGUGGCUCAGAGUCUGAUUACAAGGUCGAUAAGCAAGGCUUUGCAUGGGUAAAGGCGCCGACAGUUCAGAAGACUUGGGAAGAUGAUGAUGAGAUCAAACGAGUCUACUACCCAGAAUGCGAAGAGCUGCUCAAGAGAGUGACUGGGGCCUCUCAUGCUUUUGCCUUCAACCACGUCCAGCGAGGCGAAGACUGGUCAAAGGUGAUGAAAGAUGUUGAAAGCUACAAAGACGACGAUAUUGAAUUCCGCUCGGCCAACAAUUGCUACAUUCACUGCGACUAUUCUUACCGCGGAGCUGAGCAAUUCUACGAAAGACUCGUUGUCAAUGGACCAAGAGAGGAUCUCAAGCCUUUGGCCGCGCAUCCCAGACGUCGCUGGGCUUUGAUCAACCUCUGGCGACCUCGCAAGACAAUCAAUCGCGACGCCCUGUGUGUUGCCGAUGCACACAGUAUCAAAGAUGAUGAGCUUGCCGAGCAGACAAUUCGCUGGCUCAAACCGGAGCAGCUCACUGAAGAACAGAAGAAUCAUCCCCAGUUCAAGAAGUAUCAAGCUGGCGCGCCAGAUACUUUCUUGUGGGCAGUGAAACCCCCAGCAGACCCGGAAAGUCACAAGUGGUACUACGCUUCAGGCAUGACGCCCGAUGAGGUUUUGAUAUUCAAGAUGUAUGAUUCAAGAGCGGACGAUGGGAUUCCGCGGAGAGUCCCGCACACCUCGUUUAGGAGCGAACAUGACAAUGGGUCACCGAGGGAAAGCGUUGAACUACGAGCUUUCGUGAUCUGGGAUGAUCAGGAUGGUGAUUUGUGAUCCACGACAGACAUGGUUGAUUGACUGGACGAGGGAUCGCAUUGCGGAAGAACAUCAUGAUAGCGGUCAGCACACGACGUAUCUCUCUAUCUGAUCAAUCAUCAACUCAACCCUCAAGGAUGGGUCUUGGCACCGAUAAGUCUGAGACCCCGGAGUGAUCACAACCUCGAUGAGCUGGUGUCUUGCAACUGCGGCCACGCGGCACAUUACGUGGGGAAUAUUGACCAGAGCUUCGAAUCGAUGAGCAAUAAGAACACAAACAAUUGAAACUAGCUGCAACAGAUACGUCGCUUGCGCACUCGUUCGGCGGUACCCAACUAUCUUGAUGACAUUCGAGAAACUGGUCUACUCUAGUGUCACUACAGGGAUACUGCAGCAUAGACCAGGGGUAGCUCCAGGGCUGUGCAGUUGUGCAGCCUUGGCGAACUAGCAUUUAUGCACACUCCGCGUUGCUUCAAUUCACCAAGCUUCAGAUUACGGGUCCACGCCGGCACUUUGCUCGUGUCGGCAUCGGCAGAUGGCUACGUACGGAUCCACAUUGAGCAGACGUCCC